CUUAACACCGGAAACAUUAUAUGCAAUCCAUUUUCUAAUUUUUACUAUAUGGGUACUGUAGAAUCAGCUAAUUAAACCUAUUUAUAAACGUAUUUAAAUAAAAAUGCCGCAAUAUUACUAACACAAAUUUUAAAAGCAUAAGAAUAAGACGUGCAGAUAGAAUUCUUAUACGUUUGCUACAUAAAAUUAUUAUUAUUAUCAAAAACGCGAUUAACUAAAUCGAUUUAGAUAGACAAAUGUACAACGAUUUAUCUACCCAUUUAAGUAUUUUAUAAAUUUUAUAUUAUUUUGAAUAUUACUUUAAGAACGCUCUGUUGCCUACAAUGGAACAAGACGAAAUGUAUGAUAUAAUAGAUAUUCUACGGGAUGGUGAAAAAGACAACCAAAUCGUUUAUCGAUGUCAGAAUGGUCAUCCAUAUGUGAUCCGAAAUUGUGGAAAACCUUGGGUAGUUGCAAAAUGUCCAUGUGGAUCGAAAAUUGGGGGUACACUGCACAAGCUUGAGGACAAAAAUGUAAAGGAUGAUGGUUCUGAUAAAACAUUGACCGGUCAUAUUCUCGGAUUGGCGGAAGAACGUAAAAAUGGAGCAGCUCCUGAACGGGACUUAAAACCGUUGAACUGUGCAUGUGUGAGGUUACUUCUACAUCUUACAAUGUAUGCUGCGUGUGUUGAUGAAAAUAUAAAGGAUGUCACUGAAAUUAUUAAGGCGGAUAUCGACUCUGGUAAAACUGUAGAUUUCCUCUUUAGUCACAUAAAGAAAGAUAUUUGUGAUAUCCAGAGUGCACUGAAAAGUAGUCCGGACGACGUUCUGCUUUUUUGUCACUAUUUUGUAGACUCUAUAGUCAAACGAAAUGAAAAGCCACAAAUAGAUGAAGAGUUUUCAUACAAUCAUUGGUCAAAUAAAGAAAAUCGGCGACAAUGGGAAAAGGAAUUUGAUGAAAAAUAUGUUAGACCGGUUGUACAGGACUGUAAUGCAAUCAUUGAACAAUCGAACGAACUGUUGAAAGACAAUAGUGAAAUAGUAACCAUGCUUAGCGACAGCAAUGUCAACUCAGAUGACAGUGGAUCAGAGUACCUGUGCACCAAUGCGAUGUUUUGGAUGUACAGAGUUCCAGUAACAUUUACACAUAUGAAGCAUGUCUUCCAGAGAAUGAGUGAUUCGGCGCAAUCAAAACUGUCUUUGCUCAAGCGGUUUUAUGAAGAGGAGCAUAUCCUUAAAGCUAUUCGCUUUAUACCAAGCAUUUUAAGACUCCAAAGAAUACUUCUUCGGAAGUACAGCAGGAAAUAUUACAAAACUGACAUUAAAGAUAUAACGAUUGGAACAUUAAAGCAAGACAAAGUAGCCGGUGAUGAUACUGAACAACUUUUAAAUGAUGUAACAGAAGCAUGGAGUAUUGCAAGACAUGUCAUAGCUGAACAAAAGCAUGUCUGUUUAACUGAAUAUGGAAGGGUGUUUGUACCUAAAGAACUUUGUGAUGAACCUUUUACUGAAGCCAGUCAUAUUGAGGUCUUGUUACCAAACACUGAUGAUAGCGGAAUAUGCUCAUUUGCUAUGCUUGAGAUUUUAAUGAAAAUGCAAAACGAAUUUCUAGAAGAAUAUCGUCAAGUAUGUCAAAGGAAAGGCGCGGAAGUACAUAUGUCUGCUGUUUGCCCGAAGGAAAUCACGUCAGCUCAUUUGAUCAGCUUCGAUCUUCUUCAAGAUAUACAACCGCUGGUCCUGGCAAACUGCUCUUUCAAUGUACGGAACUCAAACAUAGAUUAUGAUUUCGACAACUUUGAAAAGCAACUGAUAGAUCGUUUUGUAUCUACUAAGUCAGUUAUACAAAUCACACCUAUGCAGAUUGAUGAGAUGAUUUACAGGGCUGAUUUCUCCGUCUCGGAUUAUAUGAUGAUGCUUGAAAAACAUAUCCAUCAGAAACCUUUGACACCUGUAAUGAGGAACCAGAUUUCCUGUGACGUCAGAGAUAUUCCAGAUAUUUGUCAAAUAUUGUCACAUCUGGAUAUUACUAUAAGAGUAUUGAGCGUGACUGAUGCGGACCCGGAAUCCAUGCUGUAUAACUACAUGAUUGAUAAACUGAAAAUGAACAGAGGAGUGCUUACAACAAAGAUCCGUCAAUUAUGCAAACUUAAUCACGUGCAAUCAUUGUGGAUGACAUUGUCGAUUCAAAAAGCAGUUAUCAUGUUAACUCACGGAAAAGCAACAGAUGAUAUAUUUGACACAAUUCAAGAUCCAUAUCACGAAAGAUUACCCGCAGAACAUGUGGAACAGUUUAGAGCUUUUCUUAAAAGGCAGUCCAAUGAAAGACAAUAUGCAUUGCUUGACGUUCUAUUUGAGUACAUAACAUUGCGAGUGGCGAGGAAACAAAAUGAAGAAGAUGAGGAUUACCAAGAUCAAAGUGCAUAUCCGAUCAAGGACUGUGUUUAUGAAUAUGCUAGCGAAAUUGGUAGAGAGGAGGAACUUGAAUUUGUGAAGUACCAAGGUGACGGAUAUGACUUUCCUGAUGGAAUACUUCGCAAGCAUUGCCUUUUUGCAUGGGCGUUCGUCGCUGAAAACAUCACAAAAAGUAAAACAGUAUAAAGGUGUUAAGGGUAAUGUGACACAUAACUAUGUGCUAACAUAUAAGUUACAUUGAUGUUUUCAUGUGAAUCUUGUCUUCGGCUGCAAAGUAUGUGUAAACUUCAAGUGUUUACUAAUUUACUUUUUAUCUUUGCAAAUAAACUAUUGUUCAUUUAGUAAUACCAUUUCCAAUUGAUAUUGAUCAUUCAAAUAUAGAUAUGCAUUCGUUUUGGCAGAUAUUUGUUGAUAAAGUGUUUUUCUAAACUUGUUUUUAUAUAAUGCUUCAGACAUGUAUAUAUAUUUGUGUAUUUUACUUA